CAAGAACUAUUUUUGCUUCAUAACUUAUUUUUAGUGACAGGGACAACUAACAUCUCCAAGCCUACGACAAGAACUAUUUUUGCUUCAUAACUUAUUUUUAGUGACAGGGACAACUAACAUAUCCAAGCCUACGACGAGAACUAUUUUUGCUUCAUAACUUAUUUUUAGUGACAGGGACAACUAACAUAUCCAAGCCUACGACAAGAACUAUUUUUGCUUCAUAACUUAUUUUUAGUGACAGGGACAACUAACAUAUCCAAGCCUACGACGAGAACUAUUUUUGCUCCUGAAAUCAAUCAUUACGAUAGCGAGGAUAUGAUGCGUGGGACAAGGUGUUCAGUGUUGCUGUUGUUGCUCAGUGUCGUGUUCUCGGACGCCGCCCGGACUGCCAAGAUGCCAAACUUGAGUGACGAUAAAGUCGCUAAGGAGUACACGCAGUUUACCGACAGGAGAUUGCUUGAAACAUGGAACACAUCCUCUGCUAGUGGAUCGAGCUUCCGGCUGCCGGAUUCUGUCAACAACUUGAAGGUUAAAACUAACAGCAGCAGCCCGCACAAGAACGAGAAGAACGUCACUAUGAAUUUGAACAUACCGGCCUCAGUGAACGAUUUUGUGCUGGAAGAAAUAGAUUUGAAAUACGUCAAAAAGCUUCGCAAGAAGUCUAAAAGUGAUAAGGUGUCAAAUUUAUUCAUAAAAUAUUUCACAAACCGAAGCUCUAACCUGCAUCUCAGUUCGGUGACCAAAGAAGAAGGACCGAGGGCCGAAUUUUAUCAUUACGAAGAUCUCAAAGAGCGCAGGGAUAACCCAGAGAAUAGAGAAGCCGUAGAUGAGCCGCAGUCUUUUGAACGUCCCUUCCGAUUCCAGAACAAGUACCCUCUAAGGCUCCUAGAAAAAGUUAGGUCAAGUAACAAUAGAUUGAAGAAAAUGAGACAGGCGAAACGAAUUGAAGGAGACAUGCUGAAUGUCAACGGCCAUGACGAGAGACUUCGGAGGUCGUCUAAUGAGGAAGAAAUGGAUCUCACUGAAGACGAUUUAUUAGCUCUUGAGUCAAUCUUAGUCAAUAAAACUGUCACUAAUUCCGAGAUGGAUCCAAAAGAAAUUGAUCGUUAUGACUCUUCGCCUGCUUUUCAAAUAAGAAAAGAACAAGAAAUUGACCUGGCUUUACCUGACAUCAUAAAAAUUUUUGAGAAAACAGUAGAAACAAAUCAAGAUUCUAAAGAUGACCAAAAAAUAAAAGAGACCUAUACAAAUGGUAGUAGAAGUGCCGACAACGGGACGGGAAAAGUAGAACCGCAACCGCAUGUAUCAAAUAAAGCAGAAAAGACCCAAGACUUAGGAAGUUGGUUUAGCAAGCAACUUCCUCAGUAUUUUUUCUCGGUUCUACAGCCCUUUCGUCCGGGGAUGUUUUCCGGAGGCAACAUUUUACCCAGACGGAAGCGUUCCACUGAAACUGACAAAAUUUCAGACGAUGCUGAAAGCCGUGAAGAACCAUACAAAAAGUUCAAGUACAGUUAUGUUAAAAACCCCAGACUAAAGCAUAAGAAUCGUCUCGUGGCACCGUUGUUUUCAAGCAAGACUUCAGCUCCAAAACGACCAACGCCCAAAAAAAUCCUGGGAUUUAUCAAGCAAAUCCCUGACGACAUUGAAGGCCCUUCGGAUUAUCAACAAAAAGAUCAUCCCGCUAGUCCAUCUUUACAAAUUUUCUCAAAUUUCCGGUCCCCCAUAUCGGCUGAAAAUUUUAUCCCGUUGAAGACUUUCGAGCUCCAGUUGAACAAACCGACGGAGAAAGACGCCGGCCUCACAAGGGAAGAAGUGCAAAGGAAAUUAUCAAAACUCGACUAUUAUUUUUCUUCACUUAAAGUAGAAGAAGAAGAAUGCAGACAGAGGCUGCUGUGCGAGGUGGCUCAAGAUCCUGUACACUUCGCACCGCUCGCCGAAAUGUUUACUUUGGAGACCAGG